UUCACUUUCCCCGUAUCUUUUUUCUCACAGCUACGCACAAGUGUUGUUGGAUAUGCCUGGCGUUCGUCGGACGCUUGAAAUUGUCUAACUUGACGCUGCUUUUGAUCACUCCGCUGCCCUUCUUCUCUCCUCGUAACACAGUUCUUCGAUCUCCGAAGCCAAUGGCCGACCCUGAAUUGGAAGCUAUCAGGCAGAGGAGAAUGCAGGAGCUUAUGGCUCAGCAUGGCAUGGGAAAUCAGCAAAGCUCUGAACAGCAGAAUGCCCAAGAAGAAGCCAAAAGGGAGGCAGAUGAAAGAAGGCAAAUGAUGCUCAGCCAGAUUCUCUCAUCCGAAGCACGAGAAAGGCUUGCUCGAAUUGCGUUGGUGAAGCCUGAGAAGGCAAGAGGAGUUGAAGAUGUUAUACUUAGGGCUGCGCAAAUGGGUCAGAUAGUUGAGAAGGUUUCCGAGGAGAAGCUCAUAUCAUUGCUGGAACAAAUCAAUACCCAAACAACUAAGCAGACAAAAAUCACGAUCCAGAGGCGUCGGAGCGUUCUCGAGGAUGAUGACUAACUUGGGUGGAUGCAACAUCAUUUGCUAUACGAGAUAAGAUUACUCUCUUAUAAUGUAUAUCUGGAGUUAAACAUUCCAUUUUGUGGUCUGUUUCUUAAACUAUCUCAUGCUGCUUGUUCAUCAUCAAAUCCCUGCUGCUUGUCUUUAUUCAAUGCUUGGCUUGCUUGCUUUCGCUAUCUGAUUUGAGGACGACGACUAUGGUAGUGAAUUUAGAAAUGAGUUUGCACCCUUUGAACA